AUGCUUCUUCACGUUGCUCUGGUUUCGAUCGUAGCCGCAAAAUGCGGCUACGAAGCCUGCCACCCCACGAAAGAGGGAGUCAUCAAUGUUCACAUGGUCCCACACUCUCACGACGAUACCGGUUGGAAGAAAACGGUUGACCAAUAUUACUACGGAUCGAACAACACCAUCCAGGGAGGUGGAAUUCAGUACACCAUAGAUACAGUCGUCACUGAGCUCUUGAAGAAUUCAGACAGAAAAUUCGUCUUCGUUGAAAUUGCUUUCUUUGCUAAAUGGUGGGCCGAAGCUACCGAUCACCAACAACAGCAAACUCGUCAUUUGGUUGAAACCGGCCAGCUCGAGUUUUUACUUGGAGGUUGGUGCAUGAACGAUGAAGCUGCUUCUCAUUACACCGCUAUGCUCGAGCAAAAUGGUCUUGGACUCCAAUGGCUCCGACACCAUUUUGGAGAAUGCGGCCGUCCUCGCGGCGCCUGGCAGAUCGAUCCGUUCGGGCAUUCCAAGACCCAGGCUGAACUGUUUGCUCUGAUGGGUUAUGAUUCGGUUUUUUUUGCUCGAAUGGACUACCAAGAAUAUAAUCAACGCUCGAAGGACCGAGCGAUUGAGAUGAUUUGGCGAGGAAAUGACGAUUUCCCCCAGUCCCGGGACCUGUUUACUGGAGGACUUGUCGACACCAGCUAUGGUCCACCAGGAGGAUUUUGGUUUGAGGGCUUUAGUGUGGACCCGAUCAUUGAUAAUGAAGAGUCAGACGAAUAUAAUCUUCCUCAGCGCCUUGACGAUUUUAUCAAGCAAAUUCAACAUUACCAAGAUCAGACUCAUCCCGGAAAUAUCAUGUUCACAAUGGGAAGCGACUUUGCCUACUAUAACUCGAUCAUGUACUUCAAGAACAUGGACAAGAUCAUCUACCACAUGAAUCGACUCCAUGGUGAUAAAUAUAACGUCAUUUACUCGACUCCCGCUUGUUACACCAAAGCAAGAAACGAAGCUCAGCAGCAGUGGACUGUUAAGUCCGACGAUUUCAUGCCUUACUCCAACGGUCCUCAAGGCCAAUACUGGUCAGGAUACUUUACUUCUAGACCAGGUUUCAAAGGAUACGUUUGGGAUACAAACCCUGUCCUGCAAAUGUGUCAUCACAUGAACCUCAGAGGCGCACACGUCCUUGGUCACCACGGAGAUAUUGCUGAGCAUAAGCUUGCUGCUGCCUUUGGAGUUGGUCAGCAUCAUGACGGUAUCUCCGGAACAGAGCAAGAACAUGUUACAUCCGACUACACCCGUCAAUUGCAUCGGGGUCGAACCGCUUGUAGAAACAUCACAAAUCAAGUGUUGGAACAAGAGUUCCAAGCUCCACUCAACUCAGUCAACUGCGAGUAUCGAAAUGUUUCCAUCUGUGCGGAGACUGAAGCUGCUAAAGAAUUCACGGUUGGAGUGUACUCGCCAGCUUCGCACGCUUUCCACUACCACAUUCGAGUGCCUGUGAAUGGCUCCAACUACGAAGUUACCAAUCAGGCAGGCGAGAAGGUUCCUUUCGACGUUGUCCCAGUUUCUGACAACACGAAGAGCAUUCGACGAAACAGAGGCUAUGCAACAAACGAGCUCUGGAUCACUGCAAAGACUGAAGGAUUCGACUUUGCAACUUUCAACGUAAAGGAAGCCGAGGGUAACGAGGUUGUCUUGCCAUCGCCAAAAGACUCAAAUAUGAUCGAAAAUGAGUACUACAAAAUCUCGUUCGGGGAAAGAGGACUGGAAACGAUCAAUGGAAUGGCUAUCAGGAAUGAUCUUCUUUAUUUUAACUCUAGCCAGGGCUACGGACAAAACUCUGGAGCGUACAUCUUCCGGCCUAACAAAACCGACCCUUUUACCAUCAACGCGAAACCAACUGUUGAAAUUACGAAGGGAUCAAGCGUCGAAUUCGCUACAGUUUACCGACUCUGGAAAGGUGAAAACACAGUAGAAGUUGAAUGGUCAGUUGGUCCAGUUCCAGUCGAAGAAAAAUGCCCGUGGGAUUCUAAACAAACUUGCAAAUGGGGCAAAGAAGUCAUUUCCAGGUAUCAAACACCCAUUAAAUCGGCAGAUGAAAAGGGACGUCCAACUGUGUGGACCGACACUUCAGGAAGAAAUAAAUUGAAACGAACGAAAGACUACAGAGCUUGUUUCGACUUGAACACCACUGAUGCAGAAACUGGCGUCGCAGGAAAUUACUAUCCCAUCAACUCUAGGAUCGCUGUUGAAGACGAUUCAAACCUUUUCUCUGUGCUUGUUGAUAGAGCUGAAGCUGGUGGCUCAAUGACAGAGGGGUCCAUUGAUCUUAUGGUUCACAGGAAGCCGAUUGAAAGACGAAUAACUGUCGACGAUCACCGUGGAGUUGAUGAGCCUCUAAUGGAACCUGGUCAGUUUGGAGACGGUCUCAUGGUUCGAGGACGCCACUUCCUUUUCCUGGGCAAGAGUGGCUCACUCGAAGACAAGCCAAUGGAGGAAAAGAUUCUUAUGAAGCCACAAGUCUUUUUAUACCCGGGACAAACUUUCCAGGCAAAGUCGAGUCCAAUUUUGACGAAGGCUCUUGAUCCUCAGUUGAAGAUUAUCUUGAUCCAAAAACAUUUCGGAAUGUUCAACAAUGACCGAGAAGUGGUUAUUCGAAUCGAGCAUCUCUACCAGGCGGCUGACAAAGCUGGAAACGCUGUUGAUAUUGAUCUCACGCACUUUUUAGGAAUCGUUUUACUAUAUUUUUAA